AUGGCUAAUCCACAUCAUCCUCAUCAUGAGGUUGAUGCCUUCCAAGAUGAUAACAUUAUCCGCGAUGAGGAGGAUAUGGAAGGACAAUCUGGGGCCGACGGGCCCCCGGGUCCCCUACCCGACUUGCGGGCAAUGAGCCUCAAAAGGAACGUACGUCGACUGGACUCCAUCGUGCCGACAGCUGGACGAGAAGGUUCCGACAUUCAGUUCAACCUCUAUAAAGGCCGAGGAGUUGCAGUUUUCACAUCUGGUGGUGACUCACAAGGAAUGAAUAGUGCCGUGCGAUCAGUCGUUCGUAUGGGUAUUUACCUCGGUUGUAAGGUAUACUUUAUCAAUGAGGGAUAUCAAGGAAUGGUUGACGGUGGUGAUAACAUUGUCGAAGCCAGCUGGAACUCGGUGUCCGACAUCAUUCAAAAGGGAGGAACAAUCAUCGGUUCAGCUAGAUGUACUGAUUUCCGCCAACGAGAAGGACGAAUGAAGGCUGCGUACAACCUCAUUGAAAAAGGUAUCACCAAUUUGGUGGUCAUUGGUGGUGAUGGUUCACUCACUGGUGCAAAUCAAUUCCGAAAAGAUUGGCCAGGGCUUGUCAAGGAACUGGUGGAUACUAAGAAAAUCACCCCAGAAGCUGCCAAGAGUUAUCCCAAUAUACAGAUUGUUGGUCUCGUCGGAUCCAUUGACAAUGACUUCUGUGGUACUGACAUGACCAUCGGUACUGACAGCGCCCUGCAACGUAUAAUUGAGUCUAUCGAUGCUGUAGUUGCCACAGCUCAAAGCCAUCAACGUGCAUUCGUGGUUGAGGUCAUGGGUCGCCACUGCGGUUAUCUUGCCCUUGUGGCCGCUCUGGCAUGUGAAGCUGAUUUCUGCUUCAUCCCUGAAUGGCCCCCUCCAGUCAACUGGCGUGAAAUUCUCUGCAAAAAGUUGCAGGAGAUGAGAGCUGAAGGUCAACGACUGAACAUCAUUGUCGUUGCUGAGGGAGCGAUUGAUCGAGAUGGCACUCCAAUAUCGUCAGAUCUCGUUAAAGAUGUCGUCGCUAAGACACUCAAAUACGAUACAAGGGUGACCGUGCUUGGUCAUGUCCAACGUGGAGGCUCACCUUCAGCCUUUGAUCGUCUCCUCGGUUGCAGAAUGGGUGCGGAAGCAGUACUCGCUCUUAUGGAAAUGAACGAGGAAUCCGAACCGUGUGUCAUUUCUAUCGAUGGUAACCAAAUGGUACGCGUCCCACUGAUGCAAUGUGUGGAGCGAACCAAAGCGGUACAAAAGGCGAUGAGCGAGAAAGAUUGGGAACUCGCUGUGAAGUUGCGUGGGCGAAGCUUCCAACGAAAUCUGGAAACCUACAAGUUACUAACAAAACUGCGUACAGUGGAAAAAGACAAUCUUUCCGGUGGUCAGAACUUCAACGUUGCUGUCAUGAAUGUUGGCGCUCCUGCUGGAGGUAUGAAUGCAGCCGUUCGAUCUUUUGUACGUAUGGCCUUGUACCAUCACUGUACAGUUUACGGUAUCGAAGAUUCAUUCGAAGGUCUGGCAAAUGGAGCUUUUAAGAAAUUCCAAUGGGGAGAUGUGACCAACUGGGUGAUGCACGGUGGUUCAUUCCUUGGCACCCAAAAACAACUUCCCAAUGAAAAGAACGUCCCACUGAUUGCCGAACAACUCAGAAAGCAUAAUAUACAAGCGCUACUGCUCGUUGGAGGAUUUGAGGCCUACCAUUCCACUCUCAUUUUGUCGAAGAAUCGUGAAAAAUACCCUGAGUUCUGCAUUCCGCUAUGUACUUCGAUAUCCUUAGGUUCUGAUACAGCUAUUAAUGAGAUCUGCACAAUGAUCGACAAAAUUAAGCAGUCAGCUACGGGAACUAAACGAAGGGUGUUUAUCAUUGAGACGAUGGGAGGAUAUUGUGGCUAUCUCGCAACACUUUCUGCCCUCGCCUCUGGAGCUGAUAAUGCUUACAUUUUCGAGGAGAAGUUCACCGUGGAGGAUAUCAUUGAGGAUGUGGAAGUCAUCGCUGCCAAAAUGGCUCAAGGAGUUCAGCGAUACUUGAUUGUACGAAAUGAGUAUGCUAACAAGAACUUUACAACGGAAUUCGUAAAGCAGCUGUUCGCUGAAGAAGGCAAAGGCGAGUUCUCAACUCGUAUCAACAUUCUUGGUCAUGCACAACAAGGUGGUAGUCCGACACCAUUCGAUCGUAACAUGGGUACGAAGUUAGCUGCAAGAGCUUUGGAGUACAUUAUUACACAAAUUAAGGAAUCAAUGGUUAAUGGUGUCGUUUCUACAAAAUCUCCUGAAACAGCUACCCUUCUUGGCUUGACUGGAAGACGUGUGGUUUUCACACCGGUAGAGGAAUUGGCCGCUGAAACUGACUUCGAUAAACGUUUGCCUUGUGAUCAGUGGUGGCUGAAGCUGCGACCGUUACUUCGUAUUCUCGCUAAGCAUACUUCAAUCUACCAUACGGAAGCUAUGGAGGAUACAGAGGAUUACGAUUAG